AAAGCGGCAGGACAUUUGGGAAUCUGGAGGUUCGUCGCUCUGCUACGGGACAGGACAGAUCCAGUAGCCCACUCCAGCGCGCCCACUUUGGAUAAAAACUGCUCCAAUGACCGUUACGCAGGAUCGACCGAUGACUUAUUCCAAAAUGAAAGGGAUAGUUACUUUUUUCUCAGCUCUACUCAAGGGGAAGAAAGGGGGCUUCUCUGACUUCAUUCACAAAUUAGUCUCCAGCCAGCAGCUUUGCCAGCGAUCGGAGACCCAAAAACUGCUCCGUCGUCAGGACAGGCUGAGGAGACAGGAGGAGAAAUGCACACUGAGCUCAGCCGACCACGAAACUGCUCUAAUGAAGCCAUCUGAUUUCAACUAUCUGAAACUAAUUGGAAAAGGAAGUUUUGGGAAGGUGCUUCUUGCGAGACACAGAACACAGGGAGGCUACUAUGCAGUAAAAGUGAUACAAAAAGAUUUAAUUGUGAAAAGGAGAGAGCAGAGGCACGUGAUGGUGGAGAGGAGCGUCUUACUGAAGGGGCUGGAUCACCCUUUUUUGGUUGGGCUUCAUUUCUCAUUCCAAACACCUAACACGCUGUACUUCGUUCUGGACUACGUCAAUGGAGGAGAGCUUUUCUUCCAUCUUCAAAAAGAGGGGUCCUUUACUGAAGAAAGGUCAUGUUUCUAUGCUGCGGAGAUGACGCUGGCUCUCGGCUACCUUCACUCAUUAAAAAUAGUUUACAGGGAUCUCAAGCCAGAGAACAUCUUGCUGAAUUGUGAUGGCCACGUGGUGCUGACAGACUUUGGGCUGUGUAAGGAGGGAGUGGCAGUAGGGGGCAUCAUGCACACUUUUUGUGGUACCCCGGAGUACCUAGCCCCCGAGGUGCUCCUGGGGCAGCCCUACAGCCCGGCCGUGGACUGGUGGAGCCUGGGAAGUGUCCUGUUUGAGAUGCUCUUCAGUCUGCCUCCAUUUUACAGUCAGAACAAAGCCAACAUGUUUGAAAAUAUUCUCCACGCUCCUCUGAAGGUUCCUAGUGGAGCCUCUGAAUCCGCUCGUUCUCUGUUAGAAGGACUAUUGGACCGAGAUGUGACCACGCGACUAGGGGAAAUUUCCGACAUGGCUGAACUCCAAGAGCACCCCUUCUUUGCAGCCAUCAACUGGGACAACCUCUUAGCCAAGAAGAUAAAACCUCCAUUCAUUCCAAAUGUGUCUGGCCCAUGUGACAUCUGCUACAUUGAUCCAGAGUUUACUUUACAGCCUGUGCCUGCUUCUGUCGGUGUAAAUGGAAGGACACAGGCAGGGGGCGCCAGUGAGCUCUUCUCUGGAUUUUCAUACAUGAACUCAGCAGAAAUUGUUUCAUAAGGCAUCAAGUCCUGUUUACUUUUUAUUAAUUUAUUAAUUUAUUUAUUAUAUUGUACUUUUAACUACCAAUAUGACCUAUGACUGUAUAACUGAACAACAUUUUUUGUAUUUUUUUUGCUAAUUUACAUGAACAUUUUAAGAGACUACAAUGUUUUUCUUAUUUAAUGAAACAUGUGACACAAUAAAUAAAGUUUACAUUUUUACUU